AACUGUCAAACGGCGAACGUCAUGCCAGGCAGUGCGAGUACGGAACGGUGCUGUUGUUUGGCUACAUUUUAUGGGUUUCGUAGGUGUUAAUUUUCGUUUCUUGUUGUUUUUUCGGUUUAAUUUGUUCGCGUGUUUUGCCGAACGCGAAGGUGUAAAUUUUAUUGCAGCCCGUCGUGAGCCGUGAGUUAUAUUGAGGUGGAAAAGUUUCGUGCCUAUUGGAGGACGCUUUUGCGGGCCCGAACCAUCGAAAAGCUGUUCCGUGGUGUCAACGCACACCUACACGGGGAGGGGGGCCUAGGGAGCGUUCCAAGGCAAUGGUAGCAGCAUCAUUUGCGGAAGUAAUCUAGCAAACAGCAAACAGUGUGGUUUUGUUCUUUUUGCGGGAUCAUCAACUCCUCGAUCAUCCAGCAGCUGGAGCCUGUGCGUUCAUCACAACCAAUCUUCAUCGACACCAUUUGUUGGGGCUAGUGUUCCAAAUCCGUCCCACGCACCAGUGCGUACAUGAAGCAGAGGCAACCCGUCAAACCGUAAAGAGUUAGCGAUGGACCGUCAUAACGAACAGCAACAACAACACCGGCAGCAUCUCCGUUCGGAGCAGCAGCAGCAACAACAAUGCGAUCUGGCGGAACAGCAGCUGCUGGUGGGAGAAGAGGGCGUACUUGCAGCUGAAACAGAACACCAAGCACCGUUCGUCCAGUGCGGGGCAGCGGAAGCCAGCGUGGAACUGGCCGGUGCAGAAUGUUCCGGCUCGGCUCGCGGACCCGCUAACGUUCGAUCCCGGGUACGCUACUGGCUGAACGAUAUCGUCGAUGAAAUGCGAAAGAAAAGCCCGGCCUCGGUACAGAAAUGGGUCGAUUCGAUACAGAUACCGUCCGGUGCCGGUGCGGGUGAGCAAUCGACCGGUUCCGAUGCACAGAUCACCACAGGACAGGACAAUGAUCCGUCGGCGUACGUGUCCAACUACACCCGGUCCGAUCAGCUAGCGGCGGGAACGGCGCCACAAACAGAAGGACACGAUCGGCCUGACCGCGGCUGGACGGGUGCCACCGAAACCAGUGAACCGCUCGAAACGGACAGCGAAGAAGAGCGGCAAGUAUUCGCGUACGAGCAUCAGCAGCAGCACAGCGACCAACCGGACCGCGUACUUAUCGAUAGCGACCUGAACAAGCACAGCAGUACAAGCAGCACCACUAACCAUGGCCUUCCUUCGGAGCCACCGAUCAGUUCUCUUGCCACCAGCACACCGAAAGCGGUCAAGCCGGACGAGGGUGCGAAACAGAUGCCAGUAAGCGAAGGAGCAGCACCGUCCGGGCUGUCGAUUCGGAACUUUUUGUCGAAAAAAUCGCUGCUCGGAAAGUUCAAUCGAUCCGGAUCGAAUCUCGAGCAGAGUCCGCCGACGACGACGACGACAGCAGGGGAAGGUGUGGCUGAGAUGGGAAAUCCGGAACAUGUCGAGCAUGGCCGGCACAGUACGGAGAAGGGAGAAGUCACAGCCGCGCCUUCACCCUUCGUGGUGGGAAAGAGCAAAAUAAACGAGUUCUAUGACAAGCUGAACAUGAACAAAGCCAAGUACGGUUUGAUGAAGGCGAAAAAUCUGGACAUUCGCAACAUGCUGAGCGGCGGUAGUCGGGAAAGCGCCGACGCUCGAAAGGCCCACGAAGCACAGCCCGUCCAGUCGGGUGCGGAUGAGCCAAACCCCGUUGAGAGUGGCUUCGAGGGUGAGCUGGAACCGCCGGCGAGUGAAUCGGAGCACGAGCGAUCCGUAUCGCCGCAGCAUCACGAACCGCUGGAGGUCAGCGUCGUCGAUGUGGAUCCGACCGAUCCGUACGAGUUUUCCUUCGACGAAUCGUUCCCCAAGUCGGACGAGCUCAUCCCGGGCAUGAUCAGCGAGGAGGACGAGGAGGAGAAGGAAAACAUACUCGACGGUGCGCCCGUGCUGCCGGGCUACGGGUACGAUGCGUACCUGAACCCGCCGAAGCCGAAGACGCACCGCAUGGGCAUUGGGCGGAUCGGGCGCAGCUCGAGUGAGAAUCCGCGCGCCACUGCCCGGCGCUACAAUCUGAUGGAGAUUGGGCGCAGCUUCAGCGAGAUGAACGACGACGACGAUUCGUUCGCGAUCAGCGAGUGCAACAACAGCUGCCCGAAUCCGUCCUCGCUCAACACGAGCUCGAGUAUUAACGAGCAUGGAAGCGUCAGCAAUCUCACCCGCUCCGUGCCGGUCAGCCCGAUACCGCGCACGUCGAGCAAGCUCAGCAUUCAGCAGGACCACCCGUCGCAACACCAGCUCCACCAGCAGCAGCAACAACCGCUGCACCAGCAGCAAUCGUCCCCGAGGCGGCGCAGCACGAUGCUGGUGAAGGACAGCUCGCUGCAGUCCGACUCGAGCCGAUGCUCCAGCGUGGAGAGUUUGCUGAACGCGCGCAAACCGGACCCGGAGAAGAUACUGCUCAAUCUGGGCUUUGGACCGGCACCGCACAGUACGGACGUAUUGGCCAAAAUACCCAAACGGUUUUUAAAACCCUCCCAAGUGCGUGGCGUCGAUACGGAAGCGUUCCUGCGCCAGCAGCAGCUGUCGAUGCACAUCCACGAGAACAGCGUGCUCGGCUAUCGGGGGCUUGUAGGUAAUCCACACAUUCCACCGUCGAUGAUAGUGGCCAAAAUUAUGGAACGGUUUCAGGAGAAUGACUCAAAGACUCGUCUGACGGCGGCGGGCGUGCCGCUGCUGCAGCCCGACAGCCGCAACUCGUCCGGCCCACCGUCACCGGUACCGAUGUCACGGCAUGCCUCUCUAGCGACGGCCGAUGGUCGUUUGAAGUACUAACUCUAACCACCCCUCCAAUGGGAGGCGCCAACGCCGCCGCCGCCGCCGUACACGCCGAACAGCGAGACACAGCGGACGACGUCCUCCUCAAAGUGAUACUUUUUUAUCGUACUACCGGAUACCGCUCAGCAUAUCGCUGCUCAUACAAUCAAAACACAACACCGUUUAGGAGAAUUACCAUUUUUACCAACCUUUCGAAAAACCGCCACAAAUUACGUGCGAUGCAGAUGAGAUUUUAAACAGUUAGCGUUAGACAGCGAAUCCCGACAGAUAAGGGCAAGGCGACCUUUUACCACUCCUUACUCUGAGCAUCUAUUUUAACAAAUGCAUCGACCAUGUUUGUGAACCUUUUGUGCACUCUUUGCGGAACUGCUAUACUUAGUCAAAAUGGAACGCGUACUAUUGUACCGCUUUAAACAAAAAAUCGACUUUCUCCAAACGAGCUUUUAUGAGAUUGUAGACUUUGUAUAUCUUCGAUAUUCCCUGUUUCUCUAUAUUUUUCUAUCGAUCAGCAUUAUUUAUAUCAAACUCAAACAAUACACACACACAGCAAAGGUUGAGUUGGGGGAGUUUUAGCUACAAGCGAAGAGUUUUUAAAAAGUCUGUGAAAAGAGACAUUUAAACUAAUUGACAAGCGAACUGUAGAGAGAGACUGUAAAACAGACGAGAAAACCGAUACGGCGUCGCACGCAUUCCUUUUCGUGGAAAAGUUUGUUUUCUUUCGUACCCUGCAGCCCUAGGCGCACACUCACAGCUUUAGAGACUCCUUUAUAUAGGCCUUGCUGUGAAGCGGAAUCAGUGUUGUGUAGCAUUAUUUACCCCCCGUAGGAUGUAAAGUAGGUUCGGUGUAAGAUGAAAUGGUGUAAGAUAUUAGUAGGAAAUCCACUGAUUUGUUAGCAAAUGCGAGAUAGAGAAAAAAAUGUAAAAGGCACAAGCUAUCGGUGGCUAAAAUAAGAACAGUUUCGUAAGUGAUUGCACCAAGGCGAGACGAAAUGAAUAGCAGGGAAAAAAAGGAGUUGAAAUUAAUAGAUAAAAAGCAGGAAUCUUGCGGGAUAAGAUAGCACCUCAGUCUAGAAGUAGUAUCUUUUAUCUAAAUUAAAGAAAACAAAUCAUUAAAAAAAUCUCUCUCACUCUCUCUUUAUAAAUGCAUAUCUAUCAUAUCAGUGAUGCGUGCUCUCCCGUGUUGUUGCACAGGUGUCGGAAGCAUGUAGUGAGAUCGUUCCAGAUUGAAACUUAAUAGCAAUAGUUUUAUUGUACUUCGUUUCACAUACAACCGUUUCGAAGCUGGGGAGCAAAAGUUAUAGUAUUUCUUCAUAAACUACUACUUUUAUAAAGUUACACAUUUUACGGCUAGGAAGGGGAUCUAUUUCGCGCGAGGGCUCUAUUGCGGUCAUUUAUCUAGCGUUAGAAUCUCCUAUCACGCGACACUGGGAAACUAAAAGCACUUGUUAGAAAUGAAUAAACGUUGUAACGUAAAAGCUCUUGAA